AUGGCGAUUUUUGGGAUUCAUUUCAUCUACAGAUAUUUAGUAGCCAGCGGUCAUCAAUUGCUGGCCACUUUUUCCACAUGGAAAAUCACACUGUGGCUGUCACUUCCAGUGUUACUAUAUGGAGUCAUUUGGGGACUUGGAAGUUAUUAUGCAUGCGGUCCAACUGAUUAUACAAUCGGAUUUGUUAAAAUGGAUGUGCUUGCAAAUUAUGGUCUUCAAAUGGAAGAGAUUGCUUAUUUCGGAUUACAUUUCUACAGAAAAAAUGAAAAAGGAGAGACAUUUAUUGUUUAUGAACAAGGUUCCUCGUUGUUUAGUGCAAUAUAUUUCGGAGUGAAAUGUUAUCACAAAAUCAACGAUUUGGCAUCUCAAAUAUCAACAAGAAACAAGUCCCUUCAAUCUCAAUUAUUCUAUGCUUUAGUCAUUCAGACUUUGAUUCCAAUUGUUUUGAUGCAUAUUCCUGUCACAAUUAUCUAUUCUUUCGCUUUUAUGGGUUAUGGAAUGGGAAUCAUUUGUGGAAUUGCAUCAAUUACAAUCAGCAUAUUGAGUACUGUAUUACCACAAGCAACUGAAAAGUAUUAUUUUGAAACAGUGAAAAAUUCGAAUCGAAAUGAGAUUUUUGAGUUUCUCAAUAAGAAUUUCAGAGUUGAUGAGUCAUUGAGCAGGGCUGCUGGAAUGACAGAAUCAGAUAUUCAAAUUUGUUUUGAAGGAGUGUUGGAUCGAGUUUUGAGAAAUGAAGUUUCGAUUUUAGCAAGAGAAAAAAGAAAUGAUGAAGUUGUUGGAUGCAUGUUGAAUUCAGUUUGGAAAAGAGGUGAUGCAAAGAAAAAUGAAAAUUCGGAAGAAGAGGUGAGCAUAUUUGAGAGGAUCAAACAUGAAUUUCUUCUUGUUUUCUUGGAAUUUCAAUUCGGAGGAGAUAGAAAAGGAGUCGUCACCAUCGGAGAAAUAUUGAAUGAACUUCAUGAAUCAUUCUGGAAAUUACGAUCAAAUCAUCAUACUGUUUUACAUUUUGAAAUCUCUUCUGUAAAUAGAAAUCAUCAGAGACAAGGAUUGGCUUCGAAAUUUAUGAAUUGGACAGAGAAUCAAGAGUUAUUAAAAUCAGUUGAAGCGAGUGGAAUUGUCGCUGAAGCUUCAUCUCUUGCCAAUCAAAUCCUAUUGGAUAAAAGAGGAUAUGAGACAGUUGCUGCUACUUUAUUAAACUCUCGAAUCGAUUCAAAUGGAAAUCAAAUUCUCGUUUGUGACGACGGAACUGAUCGAGUUAAUCUAGUUUUCAAAGAAUUUCAAUAG